UCACCAGUGACAGCACAACUGUGCGAGCCUGUGCGUUUUGUUUAUAUUUUUCGUUUGUAUUUUUUCUAGAUUUGGCAUUAAUUUCCGUUUGAAUCUUAAACAAACGUCUUUGCGAGUAGCGGAAAUGGCAUCGACAAAGCCAAAUCAGUCACAUCAGGCCGCUAGCAACACAUUUCAGCUCAGUACAAAUUACGAGGAACUCAACGUGAUCGGCACAGGUGCGUACGGCACCGUGUACAAAGCACGUGAUCUUAGUAAUGAAGGUAAUAUAGUGGCUUUGAAAAAGGUACGAGUUGCCUUGACCGAGGAUGGUGUCCCGAUGUCAACACUGAGAGAAAUUGCUCUGCUGAAACAAUUGGAUGCGUUUCAACAUCCAAACGUAGUUAAGUUAUUAGACGUUUGUCAUGGGCCGCGUUUAGAAGGACAACUGGUUUUGUUCCUCGUAUUCGAGCAUCUAGAACAGGAUCUCGAUGAUUACAUAAAGCGCUUACCUCCAGGAGGAAUGCCAAGAAUGACAAUUCAGCGACUUUCUCGGGAAUUGCUCACCGGAGUAGAUUUCCUGCACUCGCACAGAAUUAUACACCGCGAUCUGAAACCGCAGAAUCUCCUUAUUUCGGCGCAAGGCAGGCUCAAAAUAGCAGACUUUGGGCUCGCCAAAACAUACGAUUUUGAGAUGAAACUGACGACAGUAGUUGUUACACUCUGGUACCGAGCACCGGAGGUGCUACUUGGGGAGCCAUAUCACAGCUCAGUGGAUAUUUGGAGUUCAGCCUGUAUUAUCGCAGAAAUGUUCCAGCGCGUUGCCAUAUUCCCUGGAACCUCAGAGGGAAAUCAGCUGGAGAAAAUUUUCGAAUUAACUGGACGUCCUUCCGAAACACAGUGGCCGCGAGGAAUCUCGGUAGCGCGAGAAAAUUUCCGACCAACAUUACCCCGUGAGCCUCGUGAACUAUGUCACAAAUUGUGUGAUUACUCUAACGAUUUACUGAAGAAAAUGCUGGCAUUCAAUCCAAGGGAGCGCCCGUCCGCUUUUCAGUGUCUUCAGCAUGCGUAUUUCACCGAGGAACCAAUGUAGGAUAAAAUCGUUAGUUAGGUACGUGAAUAAAAUUAGAGGCCCUUAUUCUUGUUUUCGUUCGAAUCAAGUUCGUUAGAAAAAUAUCGAAAAACGUCCCUUUUAUUCAAACCGUAAAAAAAAAUAUAAAUUCAAAAAUAAAAUAAAAUUGGAAUAUCAUUUUUAAUUCAUUUGACGCAAUAUUUUCGUAUGCAUGUAGAAUACGGUAGGAACAAGAAUAAGGAAGGAAAUCAGAAAGUGCGCUGCCUGGAAUUUCAUUAGCGUGACUGUUUUCUUAUAACAAUAAGAAAUAACUCAAUGAAAUAAAAACUUUUUACGCUUAAUUAGAAA